UAUACGCGUCUUUUUGGAUACACACGAAUUCCGCAGUAUGGCUGCGAUCAACUUGUAUAUACACCGCAUCCAAAUCCAGCCAAACAUAUAUUGAUUACCGUUAGAAAUCAAUUUUAUAUUCUGGAAGGAUAUGAUCGAAAUGGCUUACGAUUGACCGCUGGUGAUAUUGAAAAGCAACUUAAUGAUAUUAUUUCUGAUGUUGAAAAUGCACAAAUUGAUCCUCCGGUUUGCAUUCUUACGGCUGAUGAUCGUGAUUCUUGGACUAUGAACCGUGAAACACUGACUCUUAUUGAAAAUGCAUUAUUUGCAGUCAAUUUAGAUGACUAUGCAGCUGGAAUGGAUCUUGAUAAAUUCCUCGGUAAUAUAUUUCAUGGCGUUGAUGGUCAUAACCGCUGGUUCGACAAAUCAAUGUCGAUUAUUGUAGAUAGCAAUGGACGUGCAGGAAUAAAUGGAGAGCAUUCUCCAUGCGAUGCACUUAUACCUUCACAUAUUUGUGAAUGGGCUGUCAGUGAACCCACUACGCUAAACGCGCAAUUAUCUGGGCGUCUUAUACCUCCUCCUUUUCGAAUUCGGUUCAUUACUAACGAACAAACACUAAAGGAUAUCGAAGUUGCGGAAGAUAGAACUAAGACAUUAAUUGCCGAUUCUGAUGCUACUGUUUUGCAAUUCCCGGAAUAUGGAACUCAUUUCAUAAAAAAGAUUGGGAAAUGUUCACCUGAUGCAUAUCUUCAAAUGGUUAUUCAAUUGGCAUAUUAUCAACUUCACGGAAGAGUUGUUCCAACUUAUGAAUCUAGUGCAACAAGAAAAUUUUUGCGAGGACGUACUGAAACAAUUCGAACCUUAAGUAUGGAGAGUAAAUCAUUUGUAGAAGGGAUGUUAGAUAAAUCACUGAGU